CACCCCACCAUCCUCUCCUUACUUUCUUUUUAUUUCCUUUCUGUUUUUUUUUUUCUCCAUUGUGAUACCCCUUGAGUUGUUUGUCUUCGCCGACAAGCUGCUCAUCAUUGAAUUGUCCUCUGCCUGAAAAUAUUCGGGGCUCAGGGACACCCCCAAGUGACUGUCACACGGUCACUCUACUGAAGAGAAGAGAGAAAGAGAAGAAAAUUUUUGACUUGGUGAUACCAUAGUUUGAUAAUCAAUCAUGGAUCAGCAACGAUUCCUGCAGCAAUUGCAGAUCGUCCUUGAUCCCUCCCAGGGAAAUGUCAAGGAAGCCACUGGCAUCUUGCAAAAGGAGUUCUACAACAAGCCUCAGUCUCUUGUCCUCCUCAUCCAGAUUGCUACUGGCCAUGAGGACCCCAACCUCCGCCAGCUGUCCGCCGUCGAGGCUCGUUCGCUCGUCCAGAAGCACUGGCUGAAGGUUGCCGCGGACCAAAAGCCUCAGGUUCGGGAGCAGCUGCUCCGCGCUACCAUGGGCGAGAGCUCUGAUCUCGUCCGUCACUCCAUCGCCCGGGUCAUCUCGGCUGUUGCCAAGAUUGAUCUCGACGAUGGCGAGUGGGCGGAUCUGCCCAACAUCCUCCUGCAGGCUGCUGAUGGCGGCAACAAGGACGAGCGUGCCGUUGCCAUCUACAUCCUGUUCACCAUUCUGGAGACCCUGGGUGAGGGCUUCGAGGAGAAGUUCCAGGACCUGUUCACUCUGUUCAACAAGACCAUCCGCGACCCCGAGAGCGCCGAGGUCCGCAUCAACACUCUCCUGGCUCUGAGCAAGCUUGCAUACCACCUUGACUCCGAGGAGAAUGCUGCCCCCGUCAAGGCUUUCCAGGAGAUGGUUCCCGCCAUGGUCGCCGUCCUCAAGGAUGCCAUUGACCAAACCGAGGAGGACCGUAUCAUGCAGGCCUUUGAGGUUUUCCAGACUCUUCUCAGCCUGGAUCCCGCCCUUCUGACCGUCCACCUCAAGGAUCUGGUCAUCUUCAUGAACGAGAUCGCCGCCAACAUCCAGGCUGACGAGGACGUCCGCACUCAGGCUAUCAGCUUCCUGAUGCAGUGCGUUCAGUACCGCAAGCUCAAGAUCCAGGGCAUGCGUCUCGGUGAGCAGCUGACUCGCACUGCUCUGCAGAUCGUCACUGAGCUGGAUGACUCUCCCGCUGAUGAUGACGACAUCACCCCUCCCCGUUCUGCCCUCGGUCUUCUGGAUAUCCUCUCCCAGAGUCUGCCCCCUAGCCAGGUCGUCGUGCCUCUGCUCCAGACUCUGGGUCAGUACUUCACCAACUCCGACCCCAACUACCGCCGUGCCGGUAUCAUGGCCCUGGGUAUGUGUGUUGAGGGUGCUCCCGACUUCAUCAGCACUCAGAUGAAGGAGAUCUUCCCCAUGGUUCUCCAGCUCCUCGCCGACCCCGAGCCCAAGGUGCGCCAGGCUUCGCUGCACGCUGUUGCCCGCCUGGCCGAUGACCUUGCCGAGGACCUCAGCGCUGAGCACGAGCGCCUCAUGCCCCUGCUGUUCAAGAACCUGGCCUCCGCCAUGCAGGAGUACAAGGGUGAGGAGGAUGGCCCCACUAUGGAUAUCAUGAAGGCUGGCAUCAGCGCGAUCGAUGCCGUUGUCGACGGUCUUGAUGAGAAGGACGUUGCUCCUUACCAGGCCGAGCUUGUGCCCAUCCUGCACGAGCUCUUCAAGCACCCCGACUUCAAGAUCAAGGGUCUUGCUGCCGGUGCCCUUGGCUCGCUUGCUUCUUCUGCUGGUGACUCUUUCCUCUCGUUCUUCGACGAGUCGAUGCACCUGCUUCAGGAGUUUGCGGCCGUCAAGGACAGCGAGGAGGAGCUUGAUCUCCGUGCUAGCGUCACCGACGCUAUGGGUGAGAUGGCCGCCGCAGCUGGCCCUGAGCGCUACCAGCCCUACGUUGAGCCCCUCAUGCGUGCCACUGAGGAGGCUCUGCACCUCGGUCACUCCCGCCUGAAGGAGAGCACCUACAUCUUCUGGGGUGCCAUGGCCAAGGUCUACGGUGAACAGUUCUCUCCCUUCCUCGAGGGCGUCAUCAAGGGUCUUUUCGAGUGCAUUGAGCAGGAUGAGACUGACCUUGACUUUGACCUUGGUGAGGCCGCUAAGGAUCUCAUUGGCCAGGAGGUGAUCGUUGCCGGCCGCAAGGUCAAGGUUGCCAACCCCGAUGAGGAUGACGAGCUCGAGGGCGAUAUCGAAGAUGUUGAUAUCGAUGAGGAUGAUGAGGAUGCUUGGGAUGACAUCACUGCUACCACCCCUCUGUCUCUUGAGAAGGAGAUUGCCGUCGAGGUUAUUGGUGACCUCGUCACCCACACUCGUAGCUCCUUCCUGCCCUACUUCGAGAAGACCAUCGAGACUGUGAUGCCCCUUGCCGAGCACCCUUACGAGGGUGUCCGCAAGAGCACCAUCAGCACCCUGCACCGCUCUUACGCCAUGCUGUUCGCCAUUGCCGAAGAGAGUGGCCAGAUGCCCAAGUGGCAGCCCGGUCUGCCCCUGCAGGUCCAGCCCGCCAAGGAGGUCAAGAAGUUCGGUGAGAUCCUCAUGACGGCCACCAUCAAGAUGUGGGCUGAGGAAGAUGACCGUGCUACCGUCGCGGACAUCAACCGCAACAUGGCUGAGAAUCUCCGCUUCUGCGGUCCUGCUCUCAUUGCUGACGAGACCGUGCUCCACAACGUGAUCCAGAUGGUCACCGACAUCAUCACCAAGCAGCACCCUUGCCAGAUGGAGUUUGGCCCUGAAGAGGAGACCCUUGAGGCUGGUGAGGAGACCUCUGAAUUCGACUGGGUCGUUGUUGACACUGCCCUGGAUGUCGUCUCUGGUAUGGCCGCCGCUCUUGGCCAGAGCUUCGCUGAGCUCUGGAAGGUCUUUGAGAAGACCAUUCUCCGCUACGCCAGCAGCACCGAGUCUCUGGAGCGCGCCACCGCUGUCGGUGUCCUCGCUGAGUGCAUCAACGGUAUGGGCGCUGCCGUGACUCCCUUUACCUCGGUCUUCCUCAAGUUGCUGCUCCACCGCCUGGGUGACGAGGACCCUCAGACCCGGUCCAACGCCGCCUAUGCCGUUGGCCGUCUCGUCGAGCGCUCCAACUCGGAUGCCGAGAUUGUCAAGGAGUUCCCCACCAUCCUUAGCCACCUGGAGUCGUGCUUGCAGAUGAACGUGUCUCGUCUGCAGGACAACGCUACUGGCUGUGUCUCUCGCAUGAUCCUGCGCCACCGGGACCACAUCCCUACCAAGGAUGUUCUGCCGGUUCUGGUCAACAUCCUGCCCCUGAAGAAUGACUUCGAGGAGAACGACCCCCUGUACCGCAUGAUCUGCCAGAUGUACAAAUGGGAGGAUGCGACCAUCCGUGAACUCACCCCCCGUCUGCUCCCUGUCUUCCAGGCUGUUUUGACCGGCGAUGAGGACCAGCUCGACGAUGAGCGUCGUGCCGAGCUCAUCGAGCUGGUCAAGUGGCUGAACCAGAUGCAGGCGGGUGCUGCCCCCUGGGUUGAGCAGCUGUAAAGAUGCUUAUGACGGAAUUGUUUUUGUGAUGACCCCCUCCCUGAGGCGAACGAUGCGUAAUGGUAUAGACGGAUGAUCUGGGCCCCCAAGAUGACUAGACGAUACCCCAUCUUGACGGUGAUUCCCCCGCGAUGAAUGAUGAAAAAAAGUUGUCGUUGUACAUAGUUCAAUUGAUUGAUGAUGAUUCUCUACGAGAGUGCUGUUUCAUAUUCCGUAUACCUGCCAAGUUGGUAACUUUGUCUAGGUAGUUGUAUACUUGUACUAUCUUUGCGUCGCACACAAAUUCCAUCGACCAUGGAAUAUGUCAGCUUCGUUCAAACCGUAAGCUGAGAGGUACAUUUGUAUACUUCGUGUCACUGACCCUUUUUCAUCGCGACCUUGUCACGUUAGCUCGGAC